AAAUUCGGAGUGGUUGCUUACACCCAACGCAGCCGCAUCGGCAUCAACCUCCACACCGCCGUCUCCGAAUUCCCCAAUUCAAGAGGAGGCGAGCCAGCCCUUGAUCGGAUCCCGACUCCGACUGCUGGACGGAACAAUGGUAACGCAGUCGGAGCCAGCAUCAACCCGUCGUCCUCCACCGCCCUCAACCAUGGAUUUAUUCUCCACCUCCUCCUGCGUCCGCCGCCGAUUUUCUUGACCCCUCGCCGGCUUGUCUGACGCUUCCGACGACGACAUGGAUAGUGCGGAAGAUCGACCCUCCUUGGUUGCGGAGGAGAAGGACAAGCAGCCUGUUCCCUUUAGCGACGCUCCGUCUCCAGUGCGCGCCGUGCUCAACCGUCCGUGGCCAUCCGCCGUCGUCAUCCGGCCGGAGGAUAAUCCGUCCGGAAAGUACCGCACUCUGGUGGCCACCGCCAAGGACAUUGGGGACCCGAUCUCGCCGGAGGAGAUGGCCGCGCUGGAGGACAAGGAGGGCGACGACGCAGGCACACGGUUCUACAAGGCAGCUGCUCGGGCCAACGUCGUUAUGAGGAAUUACAUCCAUGAACACGGCAGCCUGUACAUGGAUGAGAACGGCAAGUACAUGAUCGACAACUCCGCCCAAGUUGAGGAAAUACGUUGCAAGCAUGUUACAGCAGAAGAAAUGGAAUCGGAGAUAAUGAAGCAAGAGAUGACUAAGGAGCAAACUUAUUUAUCAGAAUUGGCUUUAGCGAGUUUCAACAAGAGGAGAAAGGUGAAGUUUGAGUUGUGUGAGACAUUGCUUUCUAGACUCUUUUACGAGAGCAGCCGUAUUUUUACGCAUCUAAAUUUCGUCGCCAAGCGCAAGGAUAAGAAGAAACUCUUCUUCGCCGAGAUAGAGGACUGUGGACAGGGUGGUGUAGAGAUCUUGGAAGUACGCUGUUGUGUUCCCCUGGAUUCAUUAUGUGAAGGUGGUUAUUAUUACUACUGUGAUGAUCCUAGACGUGGCUGUAGGAAAGGGUUUGACUUCACACGCUGCUACGGCUGCAGCGAGUUUCUGAAACAUCCGGUUGAUGGCUCGACUUACUCAGGAGGCCAUGACCAUCGGAGGAGGAACUAUAUAGUUUAGAACGUUGUUUCAUUUAUCAGCGGUGGAAGACAGAGUUGCCGGUGAAAACUGAGCCGAUGGCAGUCGAUGGCGGCGUUCUCCGCCGCUACCUUGAUGAAUGCAUCGUUGUGUAACUUCUGUCAACCCAUUCGUGCUGCUCCGAGGAAAACCCUAGGAUCUGGUCUUCCAGAUCGAAUGAUGGCGGUACUGCGGUGUCGUUUCUCUCUUGGGAGCAUCGUUUGUGGACCAACACUGAAAGACAGAGGCAGACGUGGAGUGUCUUCGUCUUGCAUUGAGCUUCGGUGGAGAUGUCAAGUCAUGCCUGGCCCGCAGGUGCUACAUUGUUCAUGUCUGGUCGGCAGGUGCUACGCACGACAGAUCCUCCAGAAUCUUCGCGUCUGGAUGGACGAGCGUAGGGCGGUGGCGCCGUUGUGGCAUCGAUGGAUGGACGGACUGGCAAGGAUGAUGUGGAUCUCUCUCCUAAAGAUGGGUCAACAGUCCGAUGAUGAUGGCGGCCUUUAAAACGUGUGCAUGUGGUGUACGCUUUAGGUCCGGUGCACCGGCGAUUCAUUUCGAUAUGUUAUGUGGAUGGAUUGGCGACGACACCGGUUUUAGAUAUGAAAGUGAGAGCACUUCACAUAUCGAGUUUUGUAGGUGUGAGUGGUGGCUUCGGGUGGCUUGAUGUAUAUUUUUGUUAGACCUUGUUGAAUAAUAGUAAAGAUGGUCGUAUGCAUUGAUUGAUACA